AUGUCUCACCAAGAAGACAUGAAUUCCCCAGGGUCCGAUGAUCCAGACGCCAUGGUUGCGCAGCUGGAGACUUCGACACCUGGCCCAGCAGCAACAGCCGAUGAGCCCGGAUCUCAGCAGCCAAUGGAAGAGGUUCGACCGAGUCAAAAGGCUGGAUCUAUGAACUUUUCGAGCAUUGAGAUCCGGGUUCCCAUAGUCGACAAUCCCAGUGACUACGAAUAUCUCCCCGGUCACUUCAAGGUCCGACGUAUCAUGUGGAUAGACUCGAGCAACCCCGAGAAGCCGUUGUACACCGUUCGGCUUGCCAGUGGGGAACGCUCAACUAUGUCGCGCGAUACAUUCAUGAGCCUUGACAAUAGCGCCCAAGCUCUGGAUGAUUACGUUCCGGAGUCGGAAUCGGAUGAUGAGCUCAUGACAGUGGGAUACGGAUCCAUAUCAAGCAAUUACUUUGGUGGGGAUGGGGCAGGAUAUGGAAAGCGGGCUCGCGCCUCGAGACAAACUACCCGGCCGCGCCGUCAAGCAUCCUCUGCACGUGGCAGUUACGCCGCGUUCUAUGAAAUCCCAGAGUCCUCCAGCUCCGACGAAGAUCUGGAUGAGUUAAGCGACGAGCUCAAUGGACGUUACCCCAGAAGACGCCGUCGAUCGACGAGGACAAGCAGAAAGGUGAUCGUAUCUUCCGACGAGGAUGACGAUUCUUCUGACUUGGAAGCGCCAACUCGUGUUUCUACUCGCACCCGAAAGAGCACUCGCCAAAACUUGCGAGAGCGACUGGAAGACGACUUAUCGGAAGCUGAAAGCGAGGCACCCAAACGGCAAAAGUACUCUGGGGCCCGAGAAGCGUUUCCUGAGCUUCCGCGGGAUGAUGAAUUCCGACUGCGACACUUUGCAUGCUGCUCUACCUGCAACUACUUUGAAGAUGAUGAAGUCAGAGGACCCCUCAUCUUCUGUCAGGGGUGCAGCUCGUCGUAUCAUCAGCAAUGCCUUGGUCCGCGUAGCAGCCGUGAACACCUUGUCACCAAGAUUGGUGAGGACUACUUCAUUCUGCAGUGUCGCCGGUGUCUUGGGGUCGCACAUAGUAAACAUGACGUUUCCCCUCAUCUGGGCCGCUGUGCCGUUUGCAAGGAAGAUGGUUCAAUGUCACAGCCACUGAGACAGCGUCUCACUUCCAAAGAGGAGCAACAGCAACGUGUGGCGAAUGGCGGUACCGACCCUGUUACCCAUGUUGACAUGGCUCGCGUCAACAACAUUGAUGAUGUCCUCUUCCGGUGCGCAAAGUGCCAGCGAGCUUUCCAUUUCGAACAUCUUUCUCUAGACUCGUCCCAAGAUCUCUCGGAGGUGAUAUCCCACUACACGACUCAUUGGCAAUGCAAAGACUGCUCCGACUGCCCUGGUGAUAUUGAAGCUCUAGUUGCAUGGCGUCUCGUAACCCCACCCGCCAAGGGCUCGAGACUUCCUCUGGCCGAGCUUAUUCCAGAGGUCGAAAAGGAAUACCUUGUCAAGUGGAAGCUGAAGUCGUAUUUCCGCACUACCUGGAUGCCUGGAGACUGGGUUUGGGGGGUCAGCAACGCCGCGAUGCGUCGGGCAUUCUUCAAUUCUCACAAAGCACGAAAGCCUAUUUGGACAACCAAAGAGGCGAUUCCAGAAGAGAAUCUUCGCGUUGACAUCGUCUUUGACGUGACCUUUCCCGACGGUACUGACCUUGAUGAUCAAACCAACCCUGAGUUUGUCAAAGAGGCAUUCGUCAAAUACAAGGGCUUGAAUUACGAGGACUCUGUUUGGGAAACGCCCCCAGACCGAAAGGACACUGAUCGAUGGGAGGACUUCAAGCUUGCUUUCAAUGACUGGCUGCAUCGUGACAGUAUCGAUCCGCCGAAUCGACAUGCCCUCAAGAGCCAUCUCGCCAAUAUCAGGCGUUUGAACUUCGAACAAGAUCUGGUUCUGAACACCCAACCUGAGCUGAUCAUUGGUGGCCAACUCAUGGACUACCAGCUUGACGGUGUGAAUUGGCUCUACUACAUGUUCAUGAAACAGCAAAACGCCAUUCUUGCCGACGACAUGGGUCUUGGCAAGACAGUGCAGGUGAUCUCUCUGUUUGCAACCUUGAUCGAGAAACACUCAUGUUGGCCAUUCCUUGUCGUUGCCCCUAACUCUACGGUCCCCAACUGGCGGCGUGAAAUCAAGAUGUGGGCACCCGGAAUUCGAGUCGUCACGUACUUUGGCUCGGCGUUCGCACGUCAGAUGGCGAACGACUAUGAGAUGUUCCCACAAGGUGGCAAAACACUUCAAUGUCAUGUGGUGAUUGCCUCGUAUGAGAGCAUGGUUGAUGAGGAGGCCAAGCGAGUCUUGAACAAGAUCCAUUGGGCCGGACUGGUCGUUGAUGAGGGACAGCGCCUCAAGAAUGACAAGUCGCAGCUUUAUGAACGGCUUUGUCGCAUGAAGUUUGACUUCAAAGCGCUUCUUACUGGCACGCCCCUGCAGAACAACAUCCGAGAGUUGUUCAACCUGAUUCAAUUCCUCGACCCGAACAAGGAUGCCAACAAAUUGGAGGAAAAAUAUGGCGAUCUAACGGCGGAGAACAUUCGAUCUCUCCAUGAGAUGAUCCGUCCGUUUUUCCUUCGUCUAUCGAUGUCGGUUGUACAAAAGAAAUUGUACAAAUCGAUCCUGGAAAAGAACCCACAGUUGAUUCAGGCAAUUUGCAAGAAGCAGACCGACCAACUCAAGAAGGCUGAAAAGCACAACUUGAACAAUAUCCUGGUACAGCUUCGGAAGUGUCUUUGCCAUCCUUUCAUCUACAACAGGGCCAUUGAGGAACAGACGAAUGACCACAUCCUGGCUUUCCAGCGCUUGGUCGAGGCUUCGGGGAAGCUCAAGUUGUUGAAUAUCAUGCUACCAAAACUGCAAGAGCGUGGAAAUAGGGUCCUGAUCUUCAGUCAGUUCCUGGAGAAUCUCGACAUCGUCGAAGAUUUCCUCACUGGCCUUGGCCUCACCUACUGUCGACUGGAUGGAAAGUUGACUGCCCGGCAGAAGCAGCAGCAGAUUGAUGCAUUCAAUGAGCCUGACUCACCAUUCUUUGCUUUUUUGCUAUCGACUCGAUCGGGUGGCGUGGGCAUCAACCUUGCCACUGCCGAUACCGUCAUCAUCAUGGAUCCCGACUUCAAUCCGAAGCAAGACAUGCAAGCCCUUUCCCGUGCUCAUCGAAUCGGCCAGAAGAACACCGUUUUGGUCUUCCACUUGACCACUCGGGCAACAGUGGAAGAGAAGAUCAUGCAAAAGGGCAAGAACAAGCUGGCUCUCGAUCACGUACUGAUUGAGCGCAUGGAAGCUAGCGAGGAGGAGGAAGACCUAGAGUCCAUCCUCAAACAUGGUGCCUCAGAUUUGUUCAGUGACGACAAUUCGCGGGACAUUCAUUACGAUGGGGAGUCCAUCGACAAGCUUCUCGACCGCAGCCAGGUAGAAAAGGCGGAGCAGAUCGCUUCAGAUACCCCAAGUUCUUCUACAGAGCAGCCACAAUUCAACUUCGCCCGUGUGUGGCAGAAAGACCGUGGUACACUCGAGGAAGUCGCUGUGGACGAGGAGAGCCCCGAUGACACCACUGCCUGGGCAGAAAUCCUUCUUCGGCGGGAGCGCGAAGCCCAAGAAGAGGAGUUCAAGAAAGCGGAGGGACUUGGACGUGGCAAGCGUAAGCGAGCCACAGUUAACUACCAAACUAUUCGCGAGGACGAUGAUGCCCUGGAGCCCCACCCGGCCAUGCCCUCUCCUGUCAAAAAUCGCAAGAUAGGCGACAGUGAUGUCGAAUUUCAAGCGCAAGAGGAAGCCGAAGAAAGUGACUUUGCAGAGGAUACAGAGGCUGCUAAGAACAUGGCCGAUAGUCAAGAGACGUCGCCUCCCAAGCAGCUGAAGACUGCUCUUUUCCACCGUGUCCAGUCCCCGCCACCUGAACCAACAAUGGGCUUGGAUGGCACUUCGGAUCUCCCUCCACGAUGUAUUGCGUGCAACCAGUACCACUUACUUGGCCGUUGCCGCCUGAAGCAAGCCGGCGUUGAACACUGCCCGUUGUGCGGCCUUGCGCACUUUGGUGGAAGACGUGCUUGUGCGCACUUCCACUCUGAAACCCAAGUUCGUCGCAUGCUGGCGGCCUUGCGACAGAGCACGGAAGACCGAGAGAUUGUCUCUGUUGCCAAGAAAUACGUCAAGGGAGUCCUUCGUCACCUCCAGGCUGCCCGCAAGAAAGCCAUGAUGCCAGAUCUCAUUCCGGCAGCGACAUCCCAAACCUCGACUGGCGACUCGACGCCUGCCAAUGUCACCAUCCCCCAGCCUGGGUCUUAUCAAAGCCCAUAUGCCCCUACAACCACCCCUGCACAAGCCCGUGAGACAACCGGACCUUUGAUGACUGUGGACCGUCAAGCAUCUUCCUAG